CCCCACAUUUCCCUCUUGUCGUCUUUUCUUUCUUUCCUUAUCUCUCCCCACUAAAAGUCAGCGCCUUGUUUUCUCUCUCUUCCCUUAAACAGUGGUAGCAGAGACAAAGGUACAGAUUCACCAGAAUUUGUCUAGGCUAUGGAAGAAGAUUGGGAUCUGCAAGCUGUUGUCAGAGGCUGUGCCUCCACCAGCGCUACCUCCUCCUCCUCCUCCUCCUCCACCACCACCACUGCUGCUUCUUUUUUGGGAAGUUUUCAUUCUGAUUCUUGGAUUUCUUCUUUUGGUGGUGAAGAUGUAGGCAGGCUUUUCUCAUUCCCAGAUCCUUUUGAAGCAACGCAUGUUUCUGAGGAAUUGCAUGAACUUUACAAGCCUUUCUUCCCCAAAUCCCAGCCUCUCUCUCCACAAACCUCACCCAUCUCACCCUUGAUCUCUUCCCUUUCCGCUUUCUCUGCAUCAUCCAAGGCCAAAACACAGCAGCAGCAGCAGCAACAACAACAACAGCCUAAGCAGUCUCAAGCAUGUUCUGGGACCAAUCCUCGGUCCAAAAGAAGGAAGAACUUGCUUAAGAAAGUUUGCCAAGUACCGGCAGAGGGUCUUUCUUCAGACAUCUGGGCUUGGCGUAAAUAUGGUCAAAAACCCAUCAAAGGUUCUCCAUAUCCGAGGGGCUAUUACAGAUGUAGCAGCUCGAAGGGAUGCUUGGCCCGGAAACAAGUGGAGAGGAACAGAUCCGACCCAGGAAUGUUUAUAGUCACGUACACAGCUGAGCACAACCACCCUGCCCCUACGCACCGAAACUCACUCGCCGGAUCCACUCGCCAGAAGCCCUUGACGACCCAAACUGUCACAGCCGGGGAGUCCAAAAAACCCAACUCAGCCAAGCCCUAUUCGCCGGCAAACUCCAUGGAGGACGAGCUUGCUUUGCCCCAGAGUACAACCACCGACAGCAAGGAAGAUAGCAGAGAAGAGAGAGAAGAUAUAGUGGAGGAGGAGGAAGAAGACGACGAGUUUGGGAUCUCGGAUGUGGCUCUCAGCGAUGAUUUCUUCGUGGGUUUGGAGGGGAUAGUCGGUCCGGAAGCCGGAGACUACUUCUCCGAUAACUUGCCGGCGACCUUUGUGCUUCCCAACUGGGUGACCAACAAUGCAGGUUGACUUUGGGGAAUGUCAAAAUGUGACAUGGAUUAUGCUUUUUGGUUUUUGUCUUCUCUUUAUGAACACUUUUUCUAGAUAUAGAGUUCUAUUUUGUUAAAAGUCUUAGUGGAAUCUUAAAAUUUUAGUGAUCAGUUCAGUAUAGUUAGGGAAAAAAGGUGUCAUUUCUGUGUCACUGAUCAUGAGAGACUGGAAUGAAGAAAAGUAGUGAGGUAGAGAAAUCACUGCUUGUCUUUUGUUUUAGUGAGGCCAAAGUAAUAUUCAUCAUUAAUUGAUUCUCUCUGUUCACCUUUCU